AGCGGUUACACUUUUACUGUUUAAGAUUGAAUUAAGGUCCGAUUUCGUUAGUGUUAAGGUACCACAUAAGUUUUAAAUAUGUCUACGAUGGAAGAGCUGCAGAAAAGGGUACGUGAGCUCGAGGAAGAACUAAUGUUGGAAAGAAAUCGCCAAAAGUCAGCUGUUCGAUCCAAAAUAGAUCAGAUGAGUUCAGAAGUUGUUGAUUCUAAUCCUUACAGUCGGCUGAUGGCCCUUAAGAGGAUGGGGAUCGUAGAUAAUUAUGAGAAAAUCAGAGAAUACACUGUAGCAGUUGUUGGUGUUGGUGGAGUGGGAAGUGUAACUGCUGAGAUGUUAACCAGAUGUGGAAUUGGAAAGUUGUUGCUGUUUGACUAUGAUAAAGUUGAGCUCGCCAACAUGAACCGCCUGUUUUACCAGCCACAUCAGUCUGGAAUGAGUAAAGUAGAGGCUGCAGAAAAAACUCUGAAGGAAAUCAAUCCAGAUGUUGAGUUUGAAGUGUACAAUUACAACAUAACCACCAUGGAAAAUUUUGACCACUUCAUGGACAGAAUCCGGAAUGGCGGUAUAAAAGAGAAUUCUCCAGUAGAUCUUGUACUCAGUUGUGUGGACAACUUCGAGGCUCGCAUGGCCAUCAAUACUGCUUGUAAUGAGAUCGGACAGCCAUGGAUCGAGUCUGGAGUCAGUGAGAAUGCAGUGUCCGGACACAUACAGUUCAUCAAACCUGGGGAAACAUCAUGCUUUGCUUGUGCCCCUCCCUUGGUUGUGGCUACAAAGACAGAUGAACGAACACUGAAGAGAGAAGGCGUGUGUGCCGCCAGUCUCCCUACUACUAUGGCAGUUGUGGCAGGAUUCUUAGUCCAAAACACACUGAAGUGUUUACUUAAAUUUGGUGAGGUUUCCUACUACCUUGGUUACAAUGCUCUUCAGGAUUUCUUCCCAAAUUAUGCCAUGAAGCCAAACCCUCAGUGUGACGACCGCUUUUGCUGCCAACAACAAAUCAAGUUCAAGGAAAGAGAAGCAUUAAAGCCAAAGACAGAAGUUGUAGAAGAGAAAGAGGAGGAGAUUGUACAUGAAGAAAACCCAUUCCAAAUUGAAGUUGUGUCAGAAACGACAGAGGAAGAAUCACAAGCUGCAGAAGGUGCAACUCCUGAACUAACUGAGGGCCUCCGACUAGCUUAUACUACACCAGAUCAAAAUACUACACAGGAUGAUGCUGAUUCCAUAGAAAACACAGAGAAGAGUAUCGAGGAACUAAUGAAAGAGAUGAAAGGCUUAUGAUACAAUGUGUAGGAUCUGGAACAACAUGUGAAUACCAAAUCUGAUAUUUAGGUAUUUCAAGACCACCGAAACUGUGUUCUUACCAGAACAUGCCCAGCCGCCAUGAUUCACUUACAUCUGUGGGUAUUGUGCUUCCCAGCUUUUACAUACAACAUGUAUGUGUUGUAAUGAUUAAUAGCGUUUAAUUUAAGCUGCAAUUUCUUGUUGCUUGUCAAUUGUGGGUGACAGUAUAACAGUGUAUUUUCUAAUGAAGCACUAUAGAAUCUUUGUGGCAUUUUUAGAAAUUUGAAACUUUUUUUUGCAAGUGAUAAAAUAAAGUACAGCUUUCCAGGAUGCUUGCACUUGGCAAGAAAUAAGAAAUUUGUCAAGGGAUGAAAAAAUGCUGAGGGGAUGUCAAAAAAUCAAAAUAAAACAAAAACAAAAAGGAAUAAUAAACACCAAAAAAGACAACAACUUAUUUAAUUUCUUUAAUUUAUUUAACUUAACUGAUUCAGACUUAAUUAUUGAUGACUUAAAUUAUCAGAUUGUUGAUAUUAAUAAUGAAUUUCUGAAGAUAAUUUUUCUGCUUCCAAAUGUUAUUGCAACCUAACUUUUUUUCUCUCUGGUUUCUUGCAUAUUUGUUAUAUUUUUUUUGUUUUUAAUCAAACAGAGUUAUAAUAUACAUAGGCAAUAUGUGCUGUAUUCUAUCAGCCUGCACUGCUGAAUUUUGGUAGAACCUCAAAAAAAAAAAAAAAAAACAUCAUUGAAAUUAUGCCUUUGAUUGCAUGUACGUUUUUUUCUAAAUGAGACAUAAUUAUAGUAGAUCUGAACGAUGGGCAAUACCUAAGUAUCCCUCUGUCAGAAAUUUUAAAUUCUGGCAGAGUUCAUUCAUAUUUUCCCUCAUAACAUCACAUAGCUGUUAAGUAUUGUGUUAUGACAUUCAUUUCAUUGUCUUCCUUUUUUGUUAAAGACCUUUUCAUUAUCUCUAUGAGAAUGAUAACAGGGUACUAGUCAGUUUGUGAGAAAGGUUAAGUUACUGUCACAGAGUUUAAGUGGAUGAUAGAUCUCAUAAUCACUUAUAGCACGAAAAAUUGUCCAUUCUUGUUGAUAAAUUAGUAUGCUUGACUUUAUAACUUGUUCAAAGUAUAAAUGCCUUAAAUCAGCCUUGUGUAAUCAUGCUUUCAUUAAUUCCUGUUGGAGUUAUCUUCCUCGCAUCAAAGACUUCACAGGACUGGAGAGGUCUUUUAAGUGUCAAUUCGGACAAAGAUAUCAUUUUAUUUAUAUAGUUCAAAUAGUGUUGACACCAAUUAUGUUAGAUAUGCAUGAUCACUUCUGUUGAUGCAUUGCAGAGAAUUUUACUGUUAUCAACAUGGUUAGGUUCAGUGAAGCGGAAAAAAAUACAAUAUUCUUAAAUAUGUAAAUUGAUAGCGUAUGUAUGUUGAGGGGUUAUUGGUGCAAUGUAGAUUUCUUUUAUAAUUUAAAAAAAAAAGUUUGGAAUAAUCAAAUUGCACAUGAAUUAUAACAUUGGAAAUGCACAGACUUCUUAAUGUUUUUAUAUGGUGUUGAGGUCUCAAUACAUUCCUUGAAUUUUGUAACUGACUUCUUUAAUACGUCAUUUGAAAAAAAAUGGUUAUACUGUAUUUCUACAGUGCCAUCUGCUGCAGGCUUGUUUGGUUAUUUAAUAUACAUAUGUAUUAGCAUAUAACCUGUUAAAACACAUCAGAUAGAUAUUGUCCAAAAAGUGGUGACAUGUUCCUUCAAAUUUUAUCUCGAUGUAUGUAAUACACUGAAUUAUUCUCAUCAUUCUUUUGCACAAAUUAAACUUUUUCUUCUUAAUUUCAAUCGUGAAAAAAGUAUGGAAGAACUAUUUAUUAAUUUUUGAAUAUUAUUUGUUAAUUUAUACAGGUUAAAACACAUUUAUGAUUAGGUGUUACUUGUACCCGUUACCACCAUAGUGAAUCUACAGACAUUAAUGUGAAGGGGCGACAACUCUAACAGCCUUCAGUGAUAUUUUAUUGAGUUUAUGAAUUACGUUGAAAUAACUAUUUAUAGUAAGGUAUACUUUAGUCCAUGUUUAAAAUAAUUACAUUUAAUAUGUACAAUAAGGAGUAACUGGUAUUUACAUGUAAUUAUGUAGAUAAUUUGGUGAUUGUGUUGAAUGCAUGUAUAUGAAUGGAAACAGGAUGAUAGUUGUUAAAUUAUAAAUAAACCUCUAUGCUGCAUUGUGGUGAUUUGAUAUUUGUGUCAUAUUUGUGUUGGAUAGUCUUUUCUGGUGCGGAGGACCAGUGAGAUUAUAUCAUACCGAGGGAGUCACUCGUCCCUCUGCGGAUCUCUACUAGUCAUGAAUGACUCGGCGGAUUUUGACCAAGUUUGGUCAGAAGCAUUCCGUGGGGACAAAGAGCAAAUUUUGUAUAAAUGGUUGGUCUCGGCUCCUUGUGGCAGGAAUGUCAGGGUC